AUGUCUUCCGUACAAGGUUCGAGUGAUGGCUUCUUCGAGGCUCAUGCGCUACAUCCAGUUGACACAAGUAGAGCUAAAGAUGGUGUCUGGCUAGUGAAAGUCCCCAAUUAUCUAUGUGACCUGUGGAUGAAAGGAAAUACCGAAAAAGUUGUCGGGGAAGUUGUGAUAACUGCUACCGACCCAAAUUCUAACAGCAAGGACCAAUCGAAUGUUUGUUUGGUAACUGACGAUGCUUUGAUUGCCGAAGCCGGGGAGAACAGUGAUUUCAUUCCUAAGAAACACAAAUUCCUUGUUCAAAUGCUGUCAUCUGAACAUCCUUCGGACAAGAAGAGUUCUCCUGGAAAUAUGUCGGCUAUGAUAGGACAAGAGCUCGUUGUUCUCUGUGAAGAAGAUAUUCCCCAAGUUUCCAAUGACCCUACUUCUUCGUUGGCCAUUUCCUCACAAAGAAAUCGAUCCAGCAGACGAUAUUCAUUCUUUGGGCGCGUUAACAGUCGUGCUGAAUGUCGUCCUCCUGAUAAUCUUAGAUACAUGAAGCUUAAGGCUGAGCAGGUUCGUUUAUAA